UCUUGUUCAUCCGACCUUGGGAGCGUCGUUGAACCACGUAGUUGGUUGGUUCCCUUCCGCCUGUCCUGCUGAGAUAGCCGUCUGGCCCACUCUGAGGCUUGACAUCCUUCGUUGCCGUGUCUAGCUGAAGGGACGAGAACAGAUCAAUGAGCUGCAUGCCGGCUGACCGCAGUGACCAGCAAGGAUGGUCAGUCUAGCCUGGCUAGGGUGUGCAACGUUGUAUAUCAUUUCGAUGUCGGCGAAUCUUUCAAGAGCCUAGGCCGCCUAGGGGUAAUCGCCAGUGUCGCGCAACUCCACCCGGGAAUUCCGUCUAUGCUUAUCCCCAGCCAUGCAGCGUCGCUUGCAGCGAAUGCGGGAUCGUGAUCUUCGGACAAUUGGCGGUCUGUCCUGGCAUGGGUUCGUCUUCUUGCUCCUCCUGGCCAGUGGCGCUCGUGACGUCGGUGCUUAUUCCGCCGGUAAUGGAGCCUUCGUCGUGAAUGGCAACGGCAACAGCAGUCAUGUCACCAUGCAUGCCAAUGGCAGCAGCACCCAUCGGAGGCAGCUGCAGCGGGUGGGGCACGUGAAGGCCUUUGAAGCCCAGCUACAGUACUACGUGCCCCUGCCCAUCAGAACCCAUCCAGAACGAACCAAACUCCCCGUUGAGCCUCUCGGCUUUGCCCUGAACUCCUCCAACCAGCAGAUCGUGAUGCUGCAGUACCUCGAGCACGACACCCACUGGGGCACGCUCGCCCAAUGCCGUGGCGACACCUGUCCCUCCAUGGCCUCCUGUGGGCCCCGCUUCCCGAACCUGCAGGCGUGCUGGAACCCGAACCUCGUCGAGCCGGACACAGUUCUCCUCGACCCGCCCGUGAACUGCCCGAAAAGCGACGAGAAACGGCUGAGAGAUGAGCAAGGAGGGGGAGAGGAGGGGAGGUUGGCGACACAUCCGUAUGAUGGGUUUGACGAGUCGUGCUCGCACAAGCAGGACUUCAGCCCGCGGAACCCGAUAGCCCUGCAGCUGGUGCAGCUGAAGGGGGUGUUUGUCACGGAGAAGGGGUUUGUGCUCAACCGCACUCACAACUUCGUGCGGCCAGGCUGUGGCAGGUUCAGAGAGGUGGCCUUUGAGGCGAACCAGCAGGUGCAUGUGCUGCCUGCCGCAUUCAACUGGGGCUACUCGCAGGGCUUUAACUUCUAUCACUUCACCGUGGAAACCAUGCCGCUGUUCCUCGUUGCUGUGCCGCUGCUGCCUCGAAUCACACCCAACAUCCCCAUCAUUGCUGGCAUGCUGCAAUGGGAGGCAUACAAGCGCUUUGGCGAGCCGCUGAUAGGAGUCAAAUUCGAGGCCGUGCGGUCGCUGCCUCUGGUGGGCGAUGACCUCUUCUUCGUUGAAACGCUUUAUGAGCCCAUGACGCAGGAGUGUGGCAACCCCUCUCAAGUUCUCUGGCAAUCCCUAAGAAGGAGCCACCUGCUGCACCCGCAGGGGCUGCCUCUCUUCCGCCCCGACUGGUCCUACCGCCCCCCGCCGCCGCUGACGCCGCAGCAGGCGCAGGCGCUGCCAGGGGACUGGGUGGUGGUGCUGGCGCGGCGACUGUCUAAGAAGCGAUCCAUUAGGAACUUCGAAGAGGUGGAGCAGGCGGUGGAGAGGGCGUUUUCUAAGGAGAGGAUCGUGGUGUUCAACGGGUCGCUGACUGUGCUGGAAGCUCGCGACUUGUUUCGGCGCACGCGCCUUUUCGUAGCCGGCCACGGGGCGGCGCUCACCAACCUCGUAUUCAUGCCGGAAAAGGCUUCUAUCCUCGAGAUAAGACCAGAUGAAUGCGCUGUAGUGUGUUACAACCACCUGUCCUAUGCCUGCUCCCUCACCUACCACCUUGUGUUCAGCAGGGGGGGGUGCUUGGAUACUGUAGAAGCCAAUGUAACGCAAGUAGAAAGAGUGCUUAGAGACAUAAAAACACGAUUUGAUGCAGAAGACGCUCGAAGGAUUUGACAUUUCUAAUGUUAGUAUGCAUUUUGUUG